AAGCAUUGGGAAAAAGAUUUCUGCUUUUAUUAUGUGAACUUUGGAGUGUUUUUCAAACGGAAAUAGCCUCAUCCCUUCAAUCUCUCUCUCCUUCUCUUUAGCCGUUUGAAUCAAAACCCUCACCCUCCAAAUCUCGCCGGAAUCGCCAUCUCUCCGCUUAUUUUGGCCGGAUACACGAACGGCGUCGGUUCAGGUGAGUUUCCACGCUACGCUAGUGUCACUGUGGUUGGAUGCACUUUGAGCGAGAUGGAAAUGGUGGCCCCGGAGGAAGAAGAUGUUUGGACCAAGCGGACACCUUCAUCUCCAUCUUGUGAGAGUUUGAGCAGCAACAGAAACAGUAUAACACUCGGCCCCAAAUCCCCUUCAUUGUUAUCGUCCUCUCUCGCAGAUAUGGAGCAGAAGAUCAAUUUACUUGCUAUGAAAAAUGCUGGAGAGAACGACGCAGGAGACAGUUUUGCCGAACGUGCAGAAUUUUACUACAACAAACGCCCUCAACUGCUGGCGCUUCUUCAAGAACUGUACACUGCUUACACCACCUUAUCCGAUCGCUACAUUCAAACCAUUGCCAAACGUCACAACCAUCAUCACAACAGGCACUCUUCUGUUACUUCAACCCUCGACUCUUUCGAUGGAGUCGAAGAUUCAGGGAUCAGUCAAAUCGAGUCCGAUGCAGAGAGCUCUCUCUCCUACCAGCAAGUAUCCGUUAUAAUACCAGCUAAAAACUAUCCUAUGGUAUACAAUGAUGCCUUUGUUGCGGAGAUUGUCAUCAAGAAUGUGGAGUAUGACAUUCUUAUAAAUGAGGUAAGCAUCCUGGAAAAGCAAUGUGGUGAUUCUUCCACGAAGAUCGAGCUUCAAAAGAGUUUGCUUGAGGUUUUGGAGUCUGAAAGGCUCAUAUUACUGAAUGAAAAUGCAAGAUUGGGAUAUAGGGUGGCUUCCUUGAUGGAAGAAAACAAAGGGUUGGUAGCGGAGUCUGUGUUCAUGAAACAGAAGGCGAGUGAGAUGGCACGAUGUAUGCUGAAGCUGCGGGAUGAUCAUAGAGCUUACCUACUCAACCAGAAAAUAGAAGAUCUACAGGGACAGAUUUAUGGGCUGGAGAAAAAGAAUAGAGAGUACUAUGAGAAGCUUGCGAAGAUAGAUAAAACAAUGGUAGAGAGUAUCAGUAAGAACAAAGAACACAAUGGGAAUGAGGUAACCUUGGAGGCGUGCUUUCAGAUUAGAAAACUUAAAUCGAAGAGGCAUCAUUCUGGUGUCAUCAACAACAGCGGCAGUGACAGAAAAAGUAACAGCGGGAGGAAGACUUACAGGUGGUGGGCUAAGGUGAAGAGCAUGGACAUGUUUUUAUGUGGUCAUAGCACCAAUCCUAUGUAAUAAUUCCUAAGAUGGCCAAUCCCCAAUCCCUUAUAAAUAACUUAGUGGAAGUUUUUUGUUGGUACUGUGGCAUUGGACACUAAAUGUUAGUACUAGAAAGCAGUAGUAUGAAAUAGUUUUAAGUUCCAUCA